UAUACAGUCAUGUGAUUGAAACAAUACACCUGAAGUGUCAUUACCACAACACAAAGUGGCAUCUCCCGUCAAACAGGGCUACCAACAGGGAAACAAGUACACAUUACUGCAGGCUUGUUGAUUUCCGUCUCUGAAGACAUAUCGGCGUUAAACUGUUUGACUUUUUCGGUAGCAUCAAGACGUGCGCACAGCCAGAGGAGUACACAGGCAACUUAACGUUAGGCUAACUUGUAGUCAUGCUAGCCGCAUUUCUCCUUGUCGGUGCUGUAGUUUGUCAAACGGCGGCUCAGUACACCGCGAACUGGACGAGUUUAGACGCCAGACCGCUGCCCUCGUGGUACGACGAAGCCAAGGUGGGCAUUUUCGUCCACUGGGGCGUGUUUUCUGUCCCCGGGUUUGAUAGUGAGUGGUUUUGGUGGCACUGGCAGGGCCAGCAGCCUCCGGACCAGAAGUGUGUGAGCUACAUGUCAAAGAACUACCCACCUGGGUUCAGCUACCCGGAGUUUGCUCCGCAGUUUAAAGCUCAGUUCUUCAACCCGGGGGAGUGGGCAGACAUAUUCAAGGCAUCUGGUGCAAAAUAUGUCGUCCUGACUGCCAAACACCACGAAGGAUUUACUAACUGGGAGUCUCCAAACUCCUGGAACUGGAAUUCAGUUGAUACUGGUCCUCACAGGGACCUAGUGGGAGACCUGGGAGAGGCAGUGCGCAACAGGUCAUUGCACUAUGGACUUUACAACUCAUUAUAUGAGUGGUUCCACCCUCUCUACCUGAAUGACAAGAAGAAUGGAUUCAAAACACAGACGUUUGUGAUGCAGAAACUACUACCAGAGCUGUAUAACAUGGUUGUAAGGUACAGACCUGAAGUAAUCUGGUCUGAUGGGGACUGGGAAGCGCCUGACACCUACUGGAACUCCACCCAAUUCCUGGCCUGGCUCUACAAUGACAGCCCUGUCAAAGAUACCGUUGUGACCAAUGACAGAUGGGGAGCUGGCUGCGCCUGUAAACAUGGUGGCUACUAUAACUGUGAAGACAAAUACACUCCAGGCCAACUGCCCAAGCACAAGUGGGAGAAGUGCACAUCUGUGGACAUGUAUUCCUGGGGUUACCGUCGCAACAUGAAGAUGAGUGAACUGAUGGACUUACCCACUAUCAUAGAGGAUCUGGUUCACACUGUGGCUCUGGGAGGUAACUACCUUCUGAAUGUGGGCCCCACACCAGAUGGGAUGAUCCCUGCAGUGUUUGAGGAGAGGCUCAGAGGUGUUGGAGCAUGGCUAGAGAUUAACGGGGAGGCCAUCUACGCUUCUAAACCCUGGAGGGUCCAGACCGAGAACACCACUGUACCAGUUAGGUAUACAUCUAAAGGAACCACUGUCUAUGCCAUUGUGACAACCAAACCCCCCAAGCCCACAGUGCAACUACUGGCCCCCAAAACAUCAGCAGACACCAAGGUGACCUUGUUGGGUAAUCCAACACCCUUACCCUGGUCCCCAGUCCAACCCAGUGGUGGCCUUAUUGUCCUUCUGCCUGAACUUCCCUAUACCCCUGGUCAAGCCUGGACACUCAAACUGGAUGGUAUCCAGUGAGCCUUAGACCCCCGAAGUGUUUAACCUCUACAUGAAUUUGUAUAUCUCAGGGUUUCAUUAUGUUUAUAGGAUAAGGGGGAACCUGUGCACUAUGGUUGAAGGGACCGCACUUGCCAAAAUGAAUCACUGGAACACCUUUCUUCAAUGAUUCCUUUGUAGCUCUGAGGACUAAAGGCCACUGCCUCUCACUUGUGCUCUUAUUUUUUUAUAUGAUUGAAUUUAUUAUGAUUUAAAAAGUGGAAUAUAUCUCAGCUGCCAAAUUGCUGUUUCAGGAAUGAUUAAUUUAAAGUGCGGUUUGUAAAAGUUGUGUUUGAAAAUGAACAGUUCCCACACAAAGCACUUUUUUACUGUAUGCUUUUAAAGUGGUUGAAUAAAAGAUGAUUUGAUUUGUCAGAUGAA